AGGAGCGAUGAUGAUGAUGAUGAUGAUGGUGAGGCGGCGCUGGGGGCUCAUUAAAAUGAGGCCUAAAUUGUCACUUGUCUGUCACUCACUCACUCACUCACUGAUUGUGGAGGUUUCUUGGCUCUGAAGUUCACUAUUUAAUCAGCAACAGCAAAGCAUAAGGGUAACCUCACCUACCACAUUGUGGGGUGAUCUCUCUUGUGUCCACAGCCCCCAUACAUCACCGAAGUACCAAAGACAUCAGUGGUAAAGUUCCUGACUAGGCAUGGAUAAAACGCCCUUCAACCAGCUCCAAAUGUGUGGGGCCUGGGUUCCAAAGGAACGGCUUGGAACAGGAGGUUUUGGAAAUGUCUACAUGUAUGAAAAUAAGGACACCAUAGAAAGGAUUGCAGUGAAAGUUUGCCGUUUGGAGUUGAGCGCCAGAAACAAACAGAGAUGGUGCCAUGAGAUUCAAAUCAUGGAAAAGUUGAGCCAUCCAAAUGUUGUAGCAGCACGUGAAGUUCCAGUAGAAAUGAAGAGUCUUGCAAUUAAUGAUGUCCCUUUCCUUGUCAUGGAGUACUGCUCCGGAGGUGACCUGCGUAAGCUAUUGAACAAGCCUGAAAACUGCUGUGGACUGAAAGAAAGUCAAGUUCUCAGCUUGUUACACGACGUAGGUUCUGGCAUCCAGUAUUUACAUGAGCACAGAAUUAUCCACAGAGAUCUGAAACCUGAGAACAUUGUCCUGCAAGAAACCAACGGGAAGUUUGUACACAAAAUAAUUGAUUUGGGCUACGCUAAAGAUCUGGACCAAGGAAGUCUUUGUACAUCAUUUGUAGGAACCUUGCAAUACCUAGCUCCAGAAUUGUUUGAUAGGAAUCUAUCAUAUACAGUCACGGUGGACUACUGGAGUUUUGGAACACUAUUAUUUGAAUGCAUUUCGGGAUUUAGACCAUUUUUGCAUAAUCAACAGCCUAUCCAGUGGCACAGCAAAGUUAAACUCAAAGGCCCAAAGGAUAUCACGGGUAUUGAGGGGAUGAAUGGUGAAACAAGUUUCUCUAUGAAUUUACCACAGCCCAAUUGCCUUAGCAGCUUCAUAACAGAACAACUAGAAUCAUUGCUACAAGUGUUGCUGAGAUGGGAUCCAAUUCAACGAGGUGGAAGCAUGGAGCCUACCACAAAUCGUGCAACAUGCUUUAUGUUAAUGGACACCAUUUUGAGCCAGAAGUACGUGCAUAUAUUGAACAUGACCUCUGCCCGUAUUCAUUCCUUCCUCAUCAAACCUGACGAAAGUCUUCUGUCUCUUCAAAUGCACAUUGAAACUGAAACAGGAAUUGCUGCAGCAAAUCAAGAACUACUCCUGGAGACUGGAAUUUCCCUUGAUCCCCGUAAACCUGCCAGUCAGUGUGUGCUGGAUGGAGUGAGAGGAUGGGACAGCUACAUGGUGUACCUAUUUGAUAAAAGCAGCUCUGUCUAUGAAGGACCUUUUGCUGGUAGAAAAUUACCAGAACAUGUCAAUUAUGUUGUAAGGGACGCAAAGGUAUUAUUGCCCAAUGUACAGCUGAGAAAAGUCUGGGGUGAAGCUGUGAAUUAUGUCUGUGGAUUGAAGGAUGAUUAUAGCAGACUUUUCCAGGGACAGAGAGCAGCAAUGCUGAGUCUCCUCCGUUACAACAGUAACCUGACAAAAAUGAAGAUGACUAUGUUUUCCAAUUCCCAGCAGCUAAAAGCCAAGUUGGAUUUUUUUCAGUGUAGCAUAAAGCUUGAUCUGGAAAAGUACAGUGAACAAAUGGCAUAUGGAAUAUCUUCUGAGAAGAUGCUGAAAGCAUGGAAAGAGAUGGAAGAGAAGGCAGAAGCUUGUCGACAUGCUGCUGAAAUUGGUCACUUGGAAGAAAGGAUCGUAGGUCUACACAGUGAAAUAGUGGAGUUACAGAGAAGUCCAUAUGCAAGGCGUCAUGGAGAAGUCAUGGAAGCCUUAGAACAGAAGGCCAUUGAUUUAUACAGGAAACUCAAGGGAAAAUCAAAAGAUUCACACCACUAUGAGGACAGUACAGAUAUGGUGAAGAUCAUUGUUCAAACAGUUCAGAAUCAAGAUCGGGUGCUGAAGGAGCUGUAUGGCCAUCUCAGUAAACUGUUGGCCUGCAAACAGAAAAUCAUUGACCUUCUUCCAAACAUAGAGCAAACUCUUGACAACAUCAGAGAGAAUGAAAAAAUGUUGCUGAGGUUACAAGAGAAGCGGCAGAAAGAAAUCUGGUAUUUGUUAAAAAUUGCUUGUAGCACAGCUCGAGGCCCUGGAAAUGGCAGUCCUGAGUCUUCUGGUUCACCCCACGGGUUAGGAUGGACACAGCAAGGAGAGACUUUAAUGCCUCAAGGCUCUAUGCCUGACCCGUUGACCUCAAUGCCUGUGCUGAAAAACAGUGAUUCAAUUACUAUAAUAGAAGAGAACCAAAAUUUCAGCAGUAAAUUGAAUAGCUUGAUGCAGGAAACCCUGUUGGAACAGAGGAACAGCAUGUUGUCUCUUGAAUGGAGUUGGCUUGAAGGAAAAUCAUCAGAUGGACUUUAAAUCCAAUUUUUCUCUUUGGUGGUGAAUAUCUGAAUGCUGACAACUGAAAGUCAAAGUGGUUUUGCUGUUAUGAACACUAUGUAAAGGAAAUCAUCUUUCUGUAGUCUGGAAACCUGAACUCUGACCCAGCCCCUUGGAAUGUGAUUGCAUUGUUGAGAAUCUGAUGGACAACAUGGGAAAGUAUUAGUUGUGAAUGUUUGGCCACUUAUUGGCAUUGUCAUAGCAUAUCUAUUGUUAAUCCAGAUACAGUUACAAAUGUUUAAAUAGAAUUCUGUUGUCAUUUUCUUUUUACCAUUUUUACCAAACUUACUCUCCACAGUUAACUUUUUUCUCUUUUACAAGCUACCACAAUAUUUAAACCAGCAAUAACUAAGUUCAAAACACCAAAAAGAACAGGCACAGCACAGAUGCACACGCUAAUGAAAGAAAAAUACUAAGAAGCUCCAUUUGUUGAAAGGAACUAAGUGCAAAAUGUUUUUCAUGCCACCCGGUGUAGUCAACAUUGUCCAACAUUGGUUAGUGUUACAUGAACUGUAAUUUUUAUUUUUCUGCAAAUUAUUCAGCUGCAGUAUAUUUCUUCCUCUUCUACUAAACGUGUUUGACUCCUUUUACUCACUUUUUACUGGGAUACAGUUCCACUCCUACAGAUUGCCCACCACUGCUUUACCAAGUGGCCACAAUCCGUGUGUAUAAGGCUUGACGGUGCAUGUUGACGGGCUAUUCAUCUAUGAAAGGCAGUAAUUGUGACCUCAUUCGAUGUCCACUUGUGAAUUAAGCAGCAGAAAUCUCUGGAUAAUGAUUUCGAGCAAGAGCCUUGUCUUAACGUUUAUUUUCUGUUCCCCAGCCAAGUAUAACAACCCCAACUACUACCCAGCUGAGAACAGCUCACUCAGUACAGACUUAGAUUCCAACCUUGUACCUUCUGGUCUAUUUGCUUAGUGCCUUUACCCAUUCGGGCAUUGGUGAGGUACACUAUCAUUUAUAAUUUGGAUUCAGAGCAGCUAACCAAUGCAAUUGUGCAUUUAGUAAACCAUCACAAUAACCUAUAUUUUUAUUUAACAAUUCAUGAUUUAUAAAAUUACUAAAAAGAAAUUGAAUUUUGCUUUUGGAAUAUUCUAAUGGCAAGAAUUUGAGGUAAAACUGGAGAUAUAACCCAAACCUUUUUACAGUAGUUUUAAUGUUGGCGCUCUAAUUCCAUCCAACUCCCAAUUCUCAUUUCCUCUGUCUUCGAAAUUAUUUUAAAAGAUUAGAGAAAAAAAUGUGGAACACAAUAUACAGCCAGAUUAGGGAAAAUCAUUACAAAAUAUCUAUGAAAUUCCUUAGGGGUGGUGGGGAGGCUCUGCAUUCAGUGGAAUCUCCACAGAAAUGUGGUAUUUUGUGGACACAUUUGAAUAUCAGGCUGUUGUUCCCCCUCCAGCUAACAAUGGAAUUUAGAUUGAAUAAUCGUUUUUGUUUAAUGCCAUUGUCAAGCGUAGCUGACAUUGAAUAUAAACGGACCUCAGGAAAAGUGAUCAAAGCGUUGAAACGAUCUGGUCAAAUCAAUCUAACCAAAUUUCACUAAAACUGGUGUUACUGGAUUGCUUCUGGCAUAACGAGUUUCUUACAAGGUCACAUAAAUGUAAUAAAUAGCUUUCAGUGGAGUAUUGACACAAAAUCAAUUCUUACGCAUUUCUGUUAAUCAUAUACAACACAAUACUGUUGGAUUCAAAUUUUAAUCCCACAAGUUGUUCUAACAAUUGCAGUAAAACACACAGUGACUAGCACCACAUCUGUUUCUGUCAUCUUUUUGGUUCGGUUUUAAUGCUGUAAAUAUAGUACAGAUUUAAUUUAAUUAGGGGGUGCAUUCUCUCUUGAGAUGUUGAGGCAGGGCAGUGGUUUACUUUGCAUCUGGCUUCUGCACAAAAAAUUGCUAACUUUUUUAAGCAGGAGUUAUUGUGUUUUGAUACUUUCCUGACGGUUGUAUGUGACCAAUUUCCUUGCUCUUCAAAGCAGUAUCUAAUGUAUUGAAAUCCUUUAUGUUGAGGUUCAAGUAUUAAUUACAGCAUCAAAACGGUUUUCACAGUUCAUUGGUUAAAUGUUUUCAUCUCAGUGACCCAACAGUUAAAUUCUUAAUGUGUCGGAAAGAGUUUACCGUGAACUGUUGCAGAUUAUGCUUGUUUUUUUUUUUGCAGGCAAAAUUUAGAUUCCUCCACAGGAGACGUAUUCCUGGUCAGCAUAGGCGUUAUUUGGUAAAUAUUAUUCAAAGGUUAUUUUGAGCAAACAAAUACAUAUAGUGUUUACAAAGAGAAUUUAAAUUGGAGGACUGCAGGUUGUGUAAAUCAGUUUUGAACCCUAUCACAAGUGGUUUAUUUUAGACUAAUCACUAAUCCUCAAUGUCUACUGUAUACCCAUACAGGAGGUGAAUGGGAUUAAUUUUAUAUACUGUAUUAUUCUUUACUGGACCUUCAAAUUUCUAUGACUGUGCUCUCAGCAAAGGCUGGAUCUUGAAAAAUAAGAUACUAUAAAAUUGUUACAAAAUUAUAAUGGGAAUGAUACUUUCUUUACCAAUUUUUUUUGAGCGGUUGUAAACUUAACGUUGAUACAGAUUCCAUGACAGAAUUGGUCUGUAAUGCAAUGGAUUGGUCUGCGCAUGUCUACAAUAAUGCAAUAAGGGGGACAUUCCAGUGGCAGUACAGUGAAGACAAAGCACUUCUACAAAGUCAGUGUGUAUUGUAUCAAUGUGAACUCCAUGGAACAAGAGCAAAUACUGGUUCUAGGCACUUUGAUGGGUGAAUACAUUUUUAAAAAUAUGUUUUUUUCCCCCCUCUGUUGUAUAAAGGGCAAAUAAAAUGAUCAAGAGAUGUUGUGCGGUGUUCACUUCACCUUUAUAUCUGUGACUGUCUUCACCUUUAAGUCUGUGAUUUGCACAAUGAAUGGGUUUCUCAUUUUGUAUACAUUAUACGUUGUGCAAUUAUAUUUGUGUGGCCUCACUUUUAAGGUGUAAUUUGGAAACCUCUUACAGCUUUUCUUUCAGUAGCUAAAAUGAAUACUUGCACAUCACUGAACUGGCCAAUCAAUUGUAUCAAAGAGUUGGACACAGUAUCUUUAACUCAGAAUACAUAAACUGAUGUGUAAUUUGGUUUAAUCAAGUGCAACAAAAACUAAAGAUAUGAUUUAAUAUGUAAGGGAGUUUGAAUGGAUUACUUGUGAAGAAUAUGUUUAAUGAAAAAUGCGGUGACUUAUCUGUGUGACUUCUGUUACCUUCUGUUACUGAUGUGCAUAUCAACUCUUAACAAAUUACAUUUUGUUAAUACAUUUAAUAUUGUAAUUUGUUGGUUUGUUGGAUUUUAAAUUCCUAAAUGGAUGAUGUUCAGGCUGUAAUUGUUGAUUUUCUUUUAUUUUCUGUGUUUAUUAAAUCGAGCAGUGCACUCAAAUUUGUAUAUAUCUAAAAUAUUGCAAAAUUAUAUAUUUGUUUUUUAUGGAGCUUAUUUCUGCAUAAUUCAAAUGUACUUAUCUUAUUUUGGAUAUUAAUUGUUACCAUUUGAAACCUCAAAGAGUAAUGUAUUAAAAUGAAUUCUAUUCAAAUGCUUCUCACAUCCAUUGAUGGUUAAAUAGUGCAGGUUAUUUUGUUAAAAGUUUU